CAAGAAGUUGAUUGCACAACAUAAACGACUGAGGUCCCUCGAACCCUAUCAUCAUGGCUCAGAUUCGAUUUGGAGUUUUAUGCAUCCCAUUUCAAGUCAUCGACGUUGUUGGCCCUUUGGACCUCCUCUCUUCCUCCUCAACUAGCUACCUACAUGGCAUGCAGCAAGUGAGCGGCUUUCCGAUCGACAUCGCUCGGAGAGGCAAUAAUAUCGAAUUCAUCUACAUUGGCGAGUCUCUCGAGGCAGUAGCAGGGACAGCUUCUAUCAAGAUACAGCCCACUACUACUUGCGCCGACUGCCCUCCGUUGGACUAUCUUCUUAUUGGCGGACCCGGGCCUGAGUUCUUUAUGAAUGUGCCCCCGGUCUUCACCGACUUUGUCCGUGGCCGAGUCGACGAGCUCAAAGGUAUAUUCACCACUUGUACUGGUGCGAUCGUUGCGGCUAUGAUGGGAAUUCUUGACGGCAAGAGCGCCACAACAAACCACCAGUUUAUCCCCAUGGCUGUCAAGCUCAGGCCCGAGGUCAACUGGACAACGAAGAAGCAGUGGAUUGCGGAUGGAAAAUUCUGGACUGCUGGAGGAGCCUGCGCAGGGAUGGACAUGUUUGCGCACUGGAUCAGCGAGCAUUAUGGAAAUGAUGUGGCUGAAGCAGGUUUCGCAGCCCUAGACUACGAACCUCGAGAUGUUGACGGCAAACUAAUCCCGCUCAAGGCAGGUCUGAAAGAAUGGCGAAAGUCCAGGCCUACCCUUCCAUAGAGAUUCAAGUAGCGCGAAUAACAUCAUUACUCCGUGAUGUCGGUAAUGUGAGCACGAAAUCUACGCUCUGAAGAUACGGAGACGGAAAAGAUGAUGUUCCGUCCCUGGACUUUGAAUGUCAGGUCUCUGCCACCACCCUUCGCGGACACAUGCACAUUAUGAAUCAUGG